CAGGUCACAAAAAUUCAUGACAUUCUUACAGUUUUCAUUUUUUUUUUUUAGAAAAAGAAUUAUUACAAGAUAAUGACAUCAAGCCCUUUUAUGGUCUAUUUAAGCAACACCGGGUUUCCUUUGGAGCUGCAUCCCCAAGCUCUGCUCUUCAUGGCUGUUUGAGUUUAUCCUAACUCCUAAGCAUUAUAACAUUACUUCAUCCAAUCUCUCUCUCUCUCUCUCUCUGUAUAUUCUAUCAUCUUUCCUUCUCUGACACUAGAGCUAAAGAGUGAUGGCUGGUGUAAACGCAGACAGCAGCACCCAACCUGCUCCAAUUAGUAAUAAAACAAUUGCAGAUUUUGAUCCUCCAAAGAAACCUAAGAGAAACAAGUUUGCUCUUGCUUGUGCUAUAUUGGCUUCCAUGACCUCUAUCUUACUUGGUUAUGAUAUUGGUGUAAUGAGUGGAGCUGCAAUCUACAUCAAAGAUGAAUUCAGACUCUCUGAUCUUCAAGUAGAAAUCCUGGUGGGUACACUUAACCUGUACUCACUUGUUGGCUCAGCCGCAGCUGGCCGAACCUCUGACUGGAUUGGCCGCCGGUACACCAUCGUGGUAGCUGGGGCUAUUUUCUUUGUCGGAGCUCUUCUUAUGGGAUUCGCUACCAGCUACGCUUUCCUCAUGGUCGGACGCUUCGUGGCCGGAAUUGGAGUCGGGUACGCCCUUAUGAUUGCUCCGGUCUACACCGCGGAGGUGUCUCCAGCAUCAUCUCGUGGAUUCCUGACAUCAUUCCCUGAAGUGUUUAUUAACGCAGGCAUCUUGCUCGGCUAUGUAUCAAACUUUGCAUUUUCCAAGCUCCCAACUCACUUGGGAUGGAGAUUCAUGCUCGGAGUAGGUGCAGUUCCAUCAGUUAUCCUUGCUGUAAUAGUUCUAGCCAUGCCGGAGUCACCACGUUGGCUAGUUCUCCAAGGUCGACUAGGCGAUGCCAAACGAGUUCUAGACAGGACCUCAGACUCCAUGGAAGAAUCUCAAGCAAGACUGGCUGACAUCAAACAAGCUGCUGGCAUUCCCCAAGAUUGCAAUGACGACGUCGUCCAAGUGCAAAGACAGUCGCACGGUGAAGGUGUAUGGAGAGAACUGCUGCUUCAUCCUACACCGUCCGUUCGUCACAUCUUAGUUUGUGCUAUUGGCAUUCACUUCUUUCAACAAGCUUCAGGCAUUGACGCUGUCGUUUUAUACAGCCCACGUAUCUUUGAAAAGGCUGGUAUCAGAUCAGACAAUGAUAAAUUACUUGCAACCGUGGCCGUCGGAUUUGUGAAGACUAUUUUCAUCUUAGUGGCUACGUUUUUACUGGACAGGAUCGGACGACGGCCAUUGCUUUUAAGUAGUGUAGCCGGGAUGAUCUUUUCAUUGGCAACCCUCGGAUUUUCGUUGACCGUUAUCGAUCAUUCGCACGAGAAGCUAACGUGGGCUGUUGCAUUAUGCAUAGCCAUGAUAUUAGCGUACGUAGCGUUUUUCUCGAUUGGUAUGGGACCCAUAACAUGGGUUUACAGCUCUGAGAUCUUUCCGUUGAGGCUACGCGCUCAAGGUGCGAGUAUGGGGGUGGCAGUGAACAGAGUAACGAGUGGGGUAAUAUCCACUACUUUUAUUUCGUUGUAUAAAGGGAUAACGAUUGGCGGCGCGUUUUUCUUAUUUGCGGCGAUAGCUUCAGUGGCAUGGACUUUCUUUUUUACAUGUUUGCCCGAGACACAAGGAAGAACAUUGGAGGAUAUGGAGGUCCUUUUUGGUCAUUUUAUCAAAUGGAGGUCUGCUGCAAAAGAUGAAAAAUUGAAUAAGGCGGAAUUCCAUGGUGAAACUAAUGGUCAAAUCCAGAUGGGUACUGCUACUAGUGUUGCUAAUAAUACUAAUACAGCUUAAUUAGGCGAAGGGUAAUUUAGUAAAUCAACCUACUCGAAAUGUUAGAUUAGUUUUUUUUUUUUUUUUUUUUUUUUUUUUUUUUUUUUUCCAAAAGCCCCUUCGUUUUGAAGUUGGUCAGGUUCAUGCUUGAGAUGGAAAUUGAAAGCUUUGUAUGCAAGGAAAAUCCCAAAAAAAUUAACCAAAAUAUAUAUAUAAAUGAAGGGAAACAAAGGAGAUAGUAUUCUGAAAAA